AUGGAGAUUUCGAAACACCUUGAGUAUGCAAUAUUGCCUCUUGUUAUUGCUUUUCUGUACCUUGUUCACGCACAGGACCAAUCCGGCUUCAUUAGCUUAGACUGUGGGCUUCCAAAAGACUCUCGCUACUUAGAGCCAUCAACAGAUAUUGAUUAUAUUUCAGACGUACCAUUCAUUAGCAGUGGCAUAAGUAAGAGCAUAUUGCCGGAAUAUAAAUUAGCUACCCAACCACGGCAUGUAGAAUAUGUAAGAAGCUUCCCUCAAGGAGUCCGCAACUGUUACAAACUAAAUGUUACAAGAGCUGCCAAGUAUUUGAUCAGAACCACUUUUCUGUAUGGCAAUUAUGACGGCCAAAAUAAGUUGCCGAGAUUUGAUCUGUACCUGGGACCUAAUAAAUGGGUUACAGUUAAUUUCAGCUCAGUGAAUUUAAGUAUCAUGAAGGAGAUCAUACAUAAUACCUCGCAAAGUCAUCUACAAAUCUGUCUUGUAAACACCAAUUCGGGAACACCUUUUAUUACAGCAUUAGAAUUGAGGCCCCUCAGAAAUGACACUUAUUUUACGUCAACUGGGUCUGGGUCAUUGGCACUCACCCAUCGCUUCGAUAUUGGUUCCACCGCCAAUCAAUCAUACAGGUACCCGUCCGACUUAUUUGAUCGUAUUUGGACGCCCUAUACACAGAAAGACUGGACCACAAUAACAACCUCGCUUGCAGUAUACUACGCCAAUGUUGCAAUGGAUUUCCAGCCGCCCUCUAUCGUAAUGAGCACGGCGGCAGAGCCAUUGAAUGCUAGUGCUGCUUUGGAAUUCUAUUGGGAACCAGAAGGUGAGAGUAGCCAAUAUUAUGUGUACAUGCACACUGCUGAACUCCGAAAACUCCAAUCCAACCAGUCCAGAAUGUUCGAUAUCUAUCUGAAUGGGAACAAGUGGUUAUCUGGUGAAGCUGUGGUCCCUAGCUACUUAAAGUCAUUCGCAGUAUACAGCACCGGUAAUAUUGUGGUAUCAACAAAUUAUAGUUUCUCAUUCAUUCGGCUGAAAAAUUCAACUCUCCCACCAAUCCUUAACGCUCUUGAGGUCUAUAAGUUUAUAGAAUUUUCCCAACCAGAAACACACCAAGAUGAUGCCGAUGCCAUCGCCAACAUAAAGUCAACUUACGGAAUAGGUAGAGAUUGGCAAGGAGAUCCAUGUUUUCCAGUAGCAUUCUUAUGGUCAGGUCUAUAUUGCAACCACAAAGAUUAUGUUACCCCUAGAAUCACAUCCUUGAACUUGUCAUCAAGUGGAUUGACUGGCGAGAUAACCUCAUACAUAUCCAGUCUCGUUAUGUUAGAAUCUUUGGAUUUAUCAAACAAUAGCUUAACUGGAUCAGUUCCUGAUUCUCUAUCUCGCUUAAAAAAAUUGUCUGUCCUAAAUUUAAAAGGAAACAAGCUCAGAGGUUCAGUUCCAGCUGAACUCGUUCAAAAGUCAAUGAAUGGUUUUCUGUCAUUAAGCGUUGAAGACAAUGAAAAUCUUUGCGCAUCCCUUUCAUGCAAAAAGAAGAAAAAUAUUCUCAUUCCAAUUGUAUCAUCAAUUGGUGCACUGCUCGUCCUGUUAAAUGCAGCAGCUAUCUUUGUGGUCCUAAAACGAAAAAAGCAACCUGGUAUAGGUGCGAGAUCGACUGACCAGAAUAACACAUUAGAGCCUAAAAAACGUCAAUUUACGUAUUCUGAGGUUCUAAAAAUGACAAAUAACUUUGAGAGAACUCUUGGCAAAGGAGGAUUUGGAACAGUAUUCCAUGGCCUUAUAGAGGGCACUGAAGUUGCAGUAAAAAUGUUGUCUUCCACAUCGGUUCAGGGGUAUCAACAAUUUCAAGCAGAGGUUAAGCUUCUAAUGAGAGUUUAUCAUGGAAACUUGACAAGCCUUGUUGGGUACUGCUACGAAGGAACAAAUAUGGCUCUUAUCUAUGAGUACAUGGUCAAUGGAAAUCUUGAGUCAUAUCUUUCUGCAGGAGACGGAAGUGAAAAUGUGUUAAGGUGGGAAGGAAGGCUUCAAAUUGCCUUGGACGCAGCACAUGGAUUGGAGUAUCUGCACAAUGGAUGUAAACCACCUAUAGUACACAGAGAUGUGAAGACCUCUAAUAUAUUAUUAGCUGAGAAUUUUCAAGCCAAACUAGCUGAUUUUGGGCUAUCCAGAGUUUUCCCAAGUGGUGGUGGCACUCAUGUGUCUACCGCUAUUGCUGGUACCCCUGGUUACCUUGACCCUGAAUACUAUAAAACAAACAGGCUAAAUGAGAAAAGUGAUGUUUACAGUUUUGGAGUAGUUGUAUUAGAGAUAAUCACAAGCCAACCUGCCAUAAGUAGAAGCGAGGAAAGGACUCACAUAAGCCAAUGGGUUAGUAAUGUGGUUGCUGAUGGGGAUAUUAGAAGUCUGGUGGAGCCAAAGUUACAGGGGGAUUUCGAAGUUAAUUCAGUGUGGAAAGCUGUUGAAAUAGCAAUGACUUGUGUAUCUCCAACAUCCUCUCAAAGGCCAAAUAUGAACCAGGUGGUGACUGAACUAAAAGAUUGUUUAGCAAUAGAGGUAGCUCGGAAGAACCACAUUCCUCUUACUCAUUGGGCAGGAGCUGAUUCUGGUGAAAUGUUCUAUGUAGCCUCGUCUACCGGAUCAAUCAAUCCCUUACCAAGAUAACACAUUUUUAUUUAUUAUGAAAAUACUGAUAAUAA